AUGGCUUCUUCGCCCAGCACCGUCCUGGUUUCCGCCUCCGCUGCCCGUCAUUUCGUCCAGUCCCUUCUCCAGAGGCAUCAAGUUCCCAGCCAAAACGCUUCCAUCGUAGCAAAAUGCCUCGUGGACGCUGACCUUCGUGGCGUCGAUUCACAUGGCAUCAAUCGCAUCCCCUCGUACAUUGCGCGGAUCCGCCACAAGGUCCUUGACCCCCUCGCCUCGCCCGUAGUCACGCAAAAGACGCCGGUGGUCGCCCAAAUAGACGGGCAAAAUGGAUUCGGAUUUAUCACGGCCCACAAAGCCAUGGAUACAGCCAUCAAGAUGGCGCGAGACUACGGGAUCGGCAUGGUCUCUGUAAAGCACUCCAACCAUUUUGGCAUGUCAGCGUCCUUCGUCCAGCAAGCCAUAGACGCAGACAUGUUGAGCCUGGUAUUCACCAAUUCCUCCCCCGCACUCCCGGUUUGGGGUGGAAAGGAGAAGCUCAUGGGUGUGUCGCCCAUCGCGUGCGGUGCUCCUGCCGGUGAAAAGUCGAUUCCGUUCAUUCUCGACAUGGCGCCCUCCAUAGCCGCGCGCGGGAAAAUAUACAAGGCUCUCCGUCGGGAGGAGCGGAUACCGCCCGAUUGGGCGCUUGAUGAGCACGGUUCACCCACCACCGACCCAGCGUCGGCAUUAAGAGGCGUCAUGCUACCUAUGGGUGGGCCCAAAGGCUCUGCAUUAUCCAUUAUGAUGGACGUUUUCUCCGGCGUAUUGUCCGGUUCUGCAUUCGCCGGGCAUGUCACCAAUCCGUAUGACCCAUCGAAGCCGGCCGAUGUGGGCCAUCUAUUCAUAGCUAUCAAACCAGAUAUGUUCAUGUCGAUGGAAGAGUUCAAGGCGAGGAUGGAUUACUUGUACCGCAGAGUGGUGGAAUGUAAGAGGAUGAGCGGGGUAGAGAGGAUAUAUUAUCCAGGAGAGAUUGAGCUGCUCAUGGCGGAAAAGAGGGAGAAGGACGGGAUUCCGUUCGUUCUGGCAGAAAUAGAGGCGUUGAACAAGGAGGCGGACUUAGUUGGCGAACGACAUCUUGAGGCAUCUUCGUAG